AUGCUUUUUUAUAUACAUUACUUGCGACCUUUAUAUUAUUCUUCCUUUUUUUUAGAUCUCCUAUCUGAGUACUGUUAUUGGCUCUCCGACACUGGCUAUGUUGAGCGGGCUUUGGCAACUUGGCAGGCUUGUAUUGAAUUCAACUGUUUUGCCCCUCCUUUGCCGGAUAUGCCUCCGGGCACCAGUCCCGCUGAUCUUCACCAACAGCAAAUGGCCGACUUUGAGGCCUUCUGGACGCAAUCUAGUGCAGGCCGAUUUGGUCAGCCCGAUUCAAUUAGCUGGCGAGCCUGGCGGAUAAGUCAUCAAUCUGACCAUAUGACUACACAGCAGGGAACUUGCGAAGGGGAGGGAAAUCUAGAGGAGUUAGCACCUUUAAAAUUUGGUUGGGCUCAACAAGCUCAGGAUGUGAAUCGGUGCCGAGUGUUAUGGUCAAAGCUUACAAGUUCUGUCAAAGGUGAGUUGGUUACUCCUGUGGAUAUAUUUCACCAAAAAUCCCUUAUGAUGCUAUUUUAA